AUAACAAAACAAGCAAUCAACUGCUCCAUUUAACAAAUGAAAGAUAUUAAAAAUAAUAGUUUAAAUAUUUGUUGUUAUCAAUUUACCGCAUAUCAAAUGGUAGAGCAACGUCUAAAUACCCCAAAUUAUUCGUCAACUAUUUAUUAAAAAUUUUAUACACAAAAUUCAGUUAAAUUUUUGUGUAUGAAAUACAACUCUACAUAUGACACAUACCUUUUUAAAAAAUUUCCCUUCGCGCCAGAUACCUUUACUGCGUCGUGUUUGGCGGAAUUUUACUAAACUGUAGUCAAGCACUCCAAUUUGUUGUGAAAUCUCUGCAAAUUUAAAUAUUAUUUCUUGUGCAUAAAGUAUUGCUACAUAAAAGGUUAACAAAAUGCCUGGCAUAGCGCCCUUAACCAAUGGAGUCAUUGCUCGCAUAAUGGCUGGUGAGGAAGUUGAUAAGCCCGUAUUACAAAUUUUGGGCACUAAAAAAAUUACUGGCGGUGAAAUGGAACGUUUACGUCUAUUGGUUUCUGAUGGAAAAUACUUGAAUAGUUAUGCGAUGCUGGCAACGCAAUUAAAUCAUUUGCAUGGAAGCGGUAAAAUUAGUGAAAAUACUAUCAUACAAGUGGAUAAGUACAUAACUUCCGUUGUUAAUAAAACUGAAACCGGACGACGUGUGCUCAUUAUAUUGGAACUAACAGUUCUCAAUCCUGGUGGUGAAGUAGGACGAAAAAUUGGUGAUCCAGUCUCCUAUACCGAAGUUGAUGCCAAAGCUGCUGCUGCAAAAUCUGCUGUACCAUCACCUGUUAAACCAACUAAACCGGAAAUAAAACCUGUUAACAAUAAUAACAACAAUAAUGCCCUUAAUCAAACUAUUAAUUCUGGUCUUACACAUCCCAUUUCCAGUCUUAGUCCAUAUCAAAAUAAAUGGGUUAUUAAAGCGCGUGUCACAUUUAAAAGUCCCAUAAGAACUUGGAGCAAUGCCAAAGGCGAGGGUAAACUAUUCAGUAUGGAUUUGAUGGAUGAAUCUGGUGAAAUACGUGCAACUGCUUUCAAGGAGCAGUGUGAUAAAUAUUUUGAUAUGAUUGAGGUGGAUCAUGUCUAUCUUAUAUCCAAAUGUCAACUUGGUCCAACAAUUUUAAAUUACAAAAUUGUUGGACCAAAUUGA